AUGUACAAGGAUGUGAUGGCGCAGGCAUCGUCGUCACUCGCUCAAGUUGUCGGCCAGGUGGACUUAGACGCCGCUUUUGGGCAGGGUGCCCGUGAUCUGGUGGAAGCGACGUUGGAGGAGUUCUCUGGAAGCAAAGAUGAAUGUGAGGCAAUCUGCCAGGCCUUGUGCUGCAUCUGCUUGCUUUGCUCCCAUGUUGAUUGCCAUUGCUGCGACGACUGCCUCCGGGGCCUGGGCCGUCGUAGAAGGUCCUCCUCCUGGCUGGAGACUCCGAAGCAGCAGGUGAUGGAGGAUGGACCGACGCCCAGUCUUCUGGAGCGCUUCGCCAGCCUGACCUCCGAGGAUCUGGGUGCCGUGGUGCGCGGGGCAGGCUCCCAGCAGUGGAAUCUUCAGGAGCGCCUGGGCCUCUGGCUCUUUGAGCAGAAGUUCUCCGCGCCCGAGCGCGAGCAGCUGGAGAAGUGCAUGGAGCAGGUUAAGGCCGCUGCGCCGGACCUGCUGACGGAGGACCUUGUGAACACUACCGAAGUGGAGCAGCAGCUGAACUCCCACAACGCCAAGGUCCUGGCCAAGCUCUUCAAGUUCUUCGCCGUCACGGCCGUGGCCAAGCAUGGCGCCCAAAUCGCCGAAGGCGGCCUGGGUGCCUUGAACAUCGGGGAGUGUGAGAAGGUCCUUUGUGCCGGGGAUCUGAAGUACGAGCUCGAUGAGACGGGCAUCCACCAGUGCACCUGGAGCUGCCCGGCUGAUGGUGGACAUCCCCUGAUCCCGGGGCAGUUCCAAUCUGUGGGCCUAUCCUUGGCAGAGCAGGUGCAGGACCUCCAGCCCUGGCGUGACGAGACGGCCCAGGCCUUGCAGGCCGUCGAUGAGUCGAAGCAGCUGCACUCAGAAGAGGACUUCGAGACUUCGAAGGCCUGGGCCAUGGCGAAGGACGUCGACGUCCGCUUCCACAAGGCCCUCAGCGGCGACCCGCUCGUGCUCCUCAAGACGCAGACCCCCUCGGAGCUGGGGCGCCCGGAGGCCACCGCCCUCCGCUACCACGGCAAGUGCGUUUCCGACGCCUUCGCCGUGGGGGAGCGGCUCAUCUUCACGGGCCAGUCGAAGGACAUCCCCCACGAGGCCGUGGUGAAGAUCAACCGCUUGGCGACCUCGGGCUGGUUCGAGCUCUCCCCCGUGCCGGCCCAGCACCUGGAGGUCAAGUACCUGGGGCAGAAGGUCAUCGUUCCCAUCUCCCAGGUCAGGCGCGAAACUAUGGGGAAGGUGAGGGUCGAUCCUGCUCUCCAAGACUGGCUCUACAGCACCAAGAACCAUCUCGAGGUGACCUUACCGGCAAAGCACGACCCCAGCCGGCAGCAGGUGGCGGACACCUUGUGGCUCCCCGUGAAGAAGGACAAGGGCGAGUAG